UGACAUUUCAUUAAAAAAUCUAUUGUUGACAAACUAUUUUAAAAAGUAAAAUUAGCAAUUAGAAAAAUAAUACUUUUUAAACUUUAGUUAAUUAUUACAAUGUCUUACCAAUAUUAUAUGCAACACAUACAACAAUUGAUGGCUAUGGGGGUGUAUAUUGCUCCUGCAAAUUAUGCUCCUCUAGCAUAUAUGCCCAUACAAAACUUGGAACCCGCUAUGCCUAUGCCAAGGAAUGAAAUCGUGGUCGUUGAAAGCGAAAGUGACGAGGAAGAUGAUGUCGAUCAAAGAACAUUAUUUUGUGCAAAUCUCAGUGAACAUGUAACAGAAGAAAUAUUAUAUGAAGUGUUUUUCCAAGCCGGACCUCUAUCGAAAGUUCAUAUACCAAAACAGAAUGGAAAGAAUCGUUCAUAUGGUUUUGUUACAUAUAAGUAUCGUUGCUCAGUGCCUUAUGCUUUAAAGCUAUAUCAAGGAUUAGUAUUAUUUGGUAAACGAUUAGAUAUAAAAUUUCAAGGAAAACAUAAUUCUAACGCCUACAAUAUGAGAUGAAAUCAUUAACUGUGUCAGUUUCGUUUUAGAAAAAGAGCAUCAUACAAAAUUCUAAUAGGAAGAUUAAAAUACUUUAUUGAUUUUUUAAUUUUUUAACGUGUACAACUGAAUUGAUUUUAUGUUUGUUUGUGUUUCGUUUAUUUUAUAUAAUUUGCAAUACUUUUUUUUUAAAUAAAUCUUAUAAAAUAAGAGAAACUAUAGAAAAAAUACA